AAAUCGUCAAACCCGUAGUUACGGUAAUCAGUUAACAAGAGAUCUCCCGACAACACACACGUUCUGAGUUUGCUGUAAAGCACUUGUUGAAUCCAAUCGGAAACAUGAAGACUGCAGCCGUGUUGGUGUGCCUGGCACUUCUACUGGCCAUCGCAUGCUCUGCUCCCGUGGACAAUCCCGGGGUCCAGAAAAGGUCGCUCGAGAGCCGAGCCGAGGCUCAUCCCCACGCGGCCGAGAAGAGGGCCGCGCACGAGCUGAAGUCCCUUGGAGCGAGAGUGAAGGGAAACCAUAAGCUGCUCCACGAUGCUGAGUUUCAGAAAGAGGCUAAAAGGGAUAUAGGUCUGGCCAAGGAAGCAGUCGGCCACAUGAAGGGUGCACAGAAGAAGAAAGCGGCCCACAAAGUGGCGAAAGAAAAUUGGGGGAAAGAGAGCCAAGGCGCUGAUGCGUAAGCUGCAGUGAUAAAGCGGCUUGAUGAAAGCAGCACAUGCGCAGAACCAGUGUGGCCGACACUAACACGCUAGUUUUUAAACUAAAACUUAAACGUUUUAGUUUUAAAACUUAAAAUUUUUAGUUUUAGUUCUAACAAAUAAGCUGUAAACUGAGAUAUUCCGGGCACAUACUGCUCUGCAUUGCUACACAUCUAAAUCAGGCUUUCAUGUCAAUGAAGAUGUAACGAUUACAGUUUUGUAACAAGUGUAAACACAUUCAAUUUACGACACUUUCAUGUAUAUGUCAAUUCGUAAAUCGACGAUAUGGUAACUCUG